CCUUUAUAACUUCAUUCUCCCAGGCCUGUGUUCGACUCGUGCCACACACUCUCUCUCUCUCUUUAGGGUUUGAAUUCUCUCACUUCUCGAAUCGGCUUCUCAGUUUUCCAAGAAUCGUUGAAAAAUGACGAAGCAGUACCCAUCCGUGAGCGCUGAGUACCAGAAGACCGUCGAGAAGGCGAGGAGGAAGCUCAGGGGACUCAUUGCUGAGAAGCACUGCGCUCCUCUCAUGCUCCGCAUCGCGUGGCACUCAGCUGGUACCUUUGACCAGAAGACAAAGACCGGAGGUCCAUUCGGAACCAUGAAACAGGCGGCUGAGCUCAGCCACGGAGCCAACAAUGGCCUCGACAUCGCCGUCAGGCUCUUGGAGCCCAUCAAGGAGCAAUUCCCCACUCUCUCUUACGCCGAUUUCUACCAGCUGGCUGGGGUUGUUGCUGUUGAAAUCACUGGUGGGCCCGAGGUCCCCUUUCACCCAGGACGCGAGGACAAGCCUCAGCCACCUCCCGAGGGUCGUCUUCCCGAUGCUACAAAGGGUUCUGACCAUUUGAGGGUUGUGUUUGGUCAACAAAUGGGCCUUAGUGACCAGGACAUUGUUGCUCUUUCUGGUGGACACACUUUGGGAAGGUGCCACAAGGAGCGUUCUGGCUUUGAGGGACCGUGGACUGCUAACCCUCUCAUCUUUGACAACUCAUACUUUAAGGAGCUCUUGAGUGGUGAGAAGGAAGGUCUUCUGCAGUUGCCUUCUGACAAGGCACUUCUCGCUGACCCAGUCUUCCGCCCCCUUGUUGAAAAAUAUGCUGCGGAUGAAGAUGCCUUCUUUGCUGAUUAUGCCGAAGCUCACUUGAAGCUCUCUGAGCUAGGAUUUGCUGAAGCUUAAGUACUUUGGAAAGCGUGGGACGUAAAGGAUGGUGCCAACCCCUGCUUGCCUUUACUCUUUUGUUUUGGAUUUGCUUGGAAGCCCCAGUUUUAUUUUAGGCAGUUGUUGGUUCAUGAAAGUUGGGAUGGUUUAUUGCUUUGUUUUGUUGGACAUGACAAAUGAACGAAAUCGUGUUUCCAUCAGUUUUAAAUAAUUUAAAUUAUUAGUCAGUAUGUUUGCAUCUC